UGGACGGGUCGAAACCACAACUUCUACAAAUAUUGGAUUCUCACCCUCCCUUGCUUUUCACUUCUCCUUCCCACUACACCACUUUCUUUUUCACCCAUUUUUGGACAUUUUGUUGGAUUACUGUACUAAUUGCGAUAUUUUGUUCAGAAUCCCCUUUCGAAUCAAUUGCCCCAAGCACAUUUCGAAUUGCUCAAAAUGUCCUCCACCCAGGAUAACAUUGCUGCCAACGGCAACGACCUCGUCGGUUCGCUCGACCAGCUGAAGCUCGAUGACGGCGAGACCCGUCUUGGCCCUGACGGCGAGCCCGCGCCCCGCACCGACGAGGAGUACGCCGGUUCUCAGCUCACCCUGAGAGCUAUUGUUUCUUCCAAGGAGGCCGGUGUCAUCAUUGGAAAGGCUGGCAAGAAUGUCGCCGAACUUCGCGACGAGACUGGCGUCAAGGCUGGUGUGAGCAAGGUCGUCCAGGGCGUUCACGACCGUGUUCUCACCAUCACCGGUGGUUGCCAGGCCAUUUCUGAGGCCUAUGCGAUUGUCGCGCGCGCUCUCCUCGAGGGCGCUCCCGCCAUGGGCAUGGGAGGUGUCGUCUCCAACACUGGCACUCAUCCCAUCAAGCUCCUGAUUUCCCACAACCAGAUGGGUACCAUCAUCGGCCGCCAAGGUCUCAAGAUUAAGCACAUCCAGGAUGUGUCGGGCGUCCGCAUGGUCGCCCAGAAGGAGAUGCUGCCUCAGUCAACUGAGCGCAUUGUCGAGGUCCAAGGCACUCCCGAGGGUAUCAAGGGUGCAAUUUGGGAGAUUUGCAAGUGCCUCGUCGAUGACUGGCAGAGAGGCACCGGUACCGUCCUCUAUAACCCGGUCGUUCGCACCCAGCCGGGCACAACCUCCACCAUUGGUAGCACUGGAUCGACCAACUAUUCUUCCGGUGGCGGUCGCGCCUCAGAGUACUCUUCUCCCCGCGUCAUGCGCACUGGAAACGGUGCCGACUUCAGCACCACUACCAACAACGGCGGCAGUGGUGGCAGUGGCGGUCGUCCCUACGGCCGUCGUUCCGACUCCGAUGCUGCUUCCCGAGGCCCUCCCACCCACGACGAGAAUGGCGAGGAGCUUCAGACCCAGAACAUCAGCAUUCCUGCUGACAUGGUCGGUUGCAUCAUUGGCCGUGCUGGAAGCAAGAUCUCCGAGAUCCGCAAGACCUCGGGUGCCCGCAUCUCUAUCGCAAAGGCUCCCCACGAUGAGAGUGGCGAACGCAUGUUCACCAUCAUGGGUACCUCCAAGGCUAACGAGUCUGCGCUUUUCCUGCUCUACGAGAACCUUGAGGCUGAGAAGAUGCGCCGCCAGACGGCCAACUCCCCUGAGUAAAAAAGCGUUUUCAGAAUCGUCCCUUUUCAGUUCGUCAUCCAGCCUCAGGAGCUGGUACUUGCAGACAAUGGCCGCAAGGCUCAAUAUCUGAGAUGAGAAGUGUCAUACUUCAGCACAUCAUCUCUGGGACGCGACAAAACAC